AUGGAGGUGACAAAGGCUCCAGUGUGCACUAAGGAUAACACACAGUCCAGCACCCCAGCUGGCCCGCCACCCAAAAGGCUGACCAGGAACAGCACCAUUGCUGCACGAGACAGACUCACUAUUUACUUCCAUGCAGUUCUCUCAAAGGAUUUCAAAUUUGAUCCACAAGAAGAUCGUAUAUUCAUCAGGGCUGGGUUCCACAUAGGGAAAUGGGAGGAAGAUGCAGUUGAGCUGGUUGUGUCCAGGGAUCUUGGAGAACAUGGUUUUCUGGUCGUGGGCAGUCUAACAACAAUCAAAAAUAAAGCUGAAUCUGUGUCGAUACCGUACAAAUAUGUUGUCUAUUACAAUAAAAAGAACAAAUAUGAGUUUGAGUACAUAUACAAACUGGAUUCUACACACCAAACGACCAACAGAUGUUUGUUCGUAAAACCACACCUUGUCAAUGAAGACGGAGACUGGCAUCAAUAUGAUGACAUCAUCUGUGCCGAGCCAUCGAAGAGCAUGCUCAAACGCAUUAAAGAAACGCUCUGGCCUGAACAAAGGAGAAGUCUGAUUCAAGGCAGAGAGAUUGCGGGGAAAAUAAUGCUCGACACCAUAUUUGAUCUUCUCAGGACCUGGACCCCUACCAAUUUGAGAAGUUUUCUGAUCCAGCUGAAUCAGUUCUGUCAAGUUUAUGGGGAGCCUUUUGUGUAUGAAGAAACACAAAAGAAGUGGAACUCCUUAAACUAUGGGAAAGAUGAUGUGAGGAAGAUGUUAAAGGACUUCAUGCUGACAAACGUGAUUCCUCAGUUGCUGAAGAAUGGAGACGGGCAGAUGCUCUAUGUUCAGGAUCCCAUGAGAGCGGCUGUUAUCAUGCUCUUUGUAUGGAGACAUCAACAAGUUAAACUAGAUAAUGGUGAGCUCCAUCGGCUCUGCAAUGCACUCUGUUUACCCAAACAAGACAAAGAGGACUUCCUCCAGUACUGGACAGAGUUUUCUCAGGCUGUCGCUAUUUUCAAAGAUCUGCCAGAUAUGUUGGUGUAUCUGAUACGCGAUGUGAAACAAUUGGGAAUGCAACGAUGGAUUCUGGUGCUACCGCUCUUCCACUUCCUCAGAGGAACCACAAAGCCCUUUGAAAUACCAACUCAUGGAAACUUGAAGUACGGCGUACACUGGGCAGGUUUGCAAGGCCUUGACAUUGGUUCCGCAGCAGCAUACGUGUACAGUGAAGAGAGGAAGGCUCUGGUGAAUUUGAUGAAAAGCCACAGUCACUUGAUGGAGGUUGAUGCACUUUUAGUGCGAUCCUGCACAUACUUGAUGCCAUUUGAUGACAUGAUGGAGUGUAUCGUCAACAUUAACAUUGAGCUUUUGGACAUACUUUAUGUUUUCACUAACAAGGCUCCUCAGGAUAUUACGAGCAGUAACGUCCAGACAGUAACUCACAUGCUCUCCCAUAUCCAAGGAAACCUCAUUGAAGAACAGUACAGUUCUUUUACUGAGGCUUAUAGGAGAGAGUGCCUAGUAACAGCAGUGAAACUGUUGGAGAAGCUCUGCAAAGGUGUCAAAGCAUCAUAUACCCAGAACUACCCUGAUGUUCCUGUGGCUUGUAUGAAUCUGGUUGCAUCAGUGUCAGACUUUGUUCACUGUAACAAACAACAGGAGAUUCAAGAAGGGGAAAGAGAGCAGCGAUAUACAAAAGACUCCAUCGCCAUUAUGAGGAACUGGAUAAGUCGCUUCUUCAAACAGAAUUUGCUCAACAAGGGUUUGUCAUCCCUGUACCGUGUUGAGGCUACAGCAGAGAUCGAAACGUGGAACAACAUAAUCUCCAUCCAAUUCAAAGAUGGAGAGUGCACAAAAGAAUGGAGACAGACCUUCACAAUGGAUUUUGAGGGCAAGUUCAAACAGGAAACUGCUGUGGAUCAAAUUGAAUUUUACUGCACAAAAAUAGAGGAACUCAGUAAAUCCCAUCCACAUGUCGCUGCUAGUAUUGAGAGGUGUGCUCUUGAGGCGGUUACAUCUUUGUGCCAGACAAAGUCUGAGGGAAAGCUGUUUGAGAGGUUGAAGAUAAACUGGAAGUUCGGGAAACUCAUCUCAGCCAUUAUCCAGAAGUCUUGGCCAAAGGACCGACAAGGAAAUUAUCAGGAAGAUGACGAAUUGGUCCUUCAUCACCUCCUCUCCUGGACUGCCGCCAAAGACAUUUUCCAACUACACGGUGCAGGUGAAAAUGUGAUUGAGAAGCUCUCUCAAGAUGCCCAGGACAGAAUUGCUAUAGCCAUAUCCUCAUUCACAGCAAUCAACAAUCAACUAGUCAAUGGAAACCUUAAGACCAGCCUGCUCAACAUCAUUUUGGAGAAGAGAAACGUCUUCUUAGAGCUGCUGAAGAUCGAUUGCCUCUCUGAGAAUGAACAAUACAAGGAUAAUGCCAAAAUGAGGAGGCUGUUACAGUGCAGAGAGGAUGAAGUGAAAGCUGUGUACCAUGAGAAGGAGCUUGUGGACAUCUUCUUAACAAUGAGCCAAAAACUUAAGGAACAUAUGACAGUUGAUGUUGCCGACAUGGAAGAGAGACAGAAGGUCAACAUCGAGAUCAUGCCCCUGAACCAUUUCAUGGAGGUUCAUCCAUUUGACCAACUGCCCUCUGCCAUGGCUGGUGUUGUCACCUACUUUGAUCUGGGUGAAGAAAUCAGGAAUAUGGCAGAGGUCCUGUUCACCUUUAGAGAGAGUCAUAUAUUCAAAGUAUGCUGGGAGAAACAUGCCAAACUCCUAGCCACUGAAGAAAUGGAAGACUGCAACCCUGGCGAACAUGAAGUAGCGGACAUUAUGGCAACACCAGAAAUGAUACAUGAAGACAUUUUCGAGCCUUGUUUUGCUGAUUACAAAGACAUCUACACUUGUCUGAAGAAUGGCAGCAUUAGGCUUGAGGAGGUAAACCAGCUCUUCAGAGAUUACAAGGGCAAGUACGAAGAGCUUGCUCUGGACCUGGACAUCAUGUGCAAGAUUGAUAAAUCAACCGACAAACAGUGGAUCCACAGCAGGGUUCAACAGAUUGAGCAGUAUCAUGAUCUUCAUCUAGCUGUGGCUUCAGCUCAAAUUAUCAUGAUGGUCAAAGAGACGCUUCAUCUUCAAGGGGACUUCAGGGUUCUGGAGACUCUUACAGAAGUUAGUCAUGCAGACUUUCAGACAGAGCAGCUCAAUCGUAUUGACAAUGACUUGAUACAGGCCAAGAUGGUCCUGGUGGACAUCACUGAGCCCCGGAGACUGUGCCUACGUGAGCUGGGACUCAGAGGACACUUUGUCAGAUGGGUGAAAGAUGCACUUGAAGAUAUCAAUGAGUUGAAAGUGUUCGUUGACCUGGCUUCCAUUUCUGCGGGAGAGAAUGACAUGGAUGUGGAUCGCGUUGCUUGCUUCCACGAUGCUGUCCUCGGCUACUCGUCAAUGCUAUAUGAGCUCAAACCAGACGCUGGUUUUCAUGUCCUCAAAGAGGUGCUCAAGAAGCUCUGGAGAGCUUUGGAGAAUGACAGCAACCUACCAAAAAAACUGCGGGACAGUGCACGCCAUUUGGAAUGGCUGAAGACUGUGAAGGACAGUCAUGGGUCAGUGGAGCUGUCAUCUCUCUCUUUAGCAUCAGCCAUCAACAACAAGGGUAUCUACCUGAUCAGUGCUCAAAGUGUUAAAAAGUUGAGUCUUGACACGGCCCUGAAGCUGCAGAUUCCAGAGGAGCAUGAUGAGGGUCAGCAGAUGCGCUGCUAUUCUCUUGAGGACCUGCGGGAGCUGCAGAAUAAACUCAUGCUCAUGUCUGGGAAAGGUGAUCAAGGGCAGAAUGAAGUUGAUCAUUUUACAGAGGUUUUUGCCAGUGUUCAAAGACUAGCUGAGGCAUUCAUUGCCCUAUACACUGCUGGGAAUCCUCUGUUCAGGCACUGGGAAGCGCAAAUCAACUGCAGUUUUAUCUGUGAGGAACACAGCAUUGUGAUGGACUUCAACCUGGGCAGUGUUCUUAGUGUUGUCAUUGUGGAGGGCAGUAUAGAGGAGCAGCUUCCUGAAUUUUGCAGGAAAAUGGAAAAGUGCCUGGACUAUUGGAUGGAUUUCAUGGACAAACAAAGAUCCCAGCAUUACUAUCUGAACUACUAUACAGCCGAACAGAUUGUAUACCUCUGCAGCAAGCUGACUCAGCAAAAUGUGACCAAUAUGGAGGACCAGGUUCUCAUGCUGCUCUCCUUCGUCAAACCAAAUUGCACAGCUUCAGACUUGAGGCAGGUCUGGCAUGCACUCCAGUAUGAGAUCCUCACCAAACCACAAGAGCAAAAUGAAGACAUUGAGUUCCAGACUUUUGUUAUGGUGCCAAGAAGUGAGCUGGGAGACCCAGACUUUCCUAGUGAGCUGGAUCCUCUGCUAAGUCUUGUGGAACAAGCAGAUGGUUCCCAGAAAUUUGAUCUGAUAUGGAAUGCUUAUAUGAAAGACAUGAAGAAUUAUCUUCCCCACAUUCUUGAUAUAAAAAGUCUUGGAAGACUGUUGGAAAUACUGGCCAACAAAGAAGAUGAGAGUAAAGACGAUGAGGGUGAAGAAGACAUUUCUGAUGAUAACAUUGGGGAUUUCAUACAGAGGCAGCUACCUAAAGGCUUGGCUGCCGGGAAUCCAAACCUCAUUGUUUGCCCACACGAUGAGGUCCUGACAUCUUGCAUCUCUGUUUACAUGAGUAGCGAAGAAGAGACACUUCCCACCUAUGAUGAAGUCCUCCUGUGCAACUCCUCAACACCAUACGAACAGGUUGAGCUAUUCCUCAGACGCUGUCUCAGCAUAGGCUACAGUGGACACAAGAUAUACUCUCUACUGUAUGGAGAUCUGCUCACUUAUGAUGUGAGCUCUAAAGUUGAGAACUUUUUUCAGCGAAUGAAAAUGCAGAGCAGGAAAGACUACAAACUUGUCAUCAUCUGCAGCUCGGAAAGAGAACAUGCCUACCUUCCCUCAGCCUUCAGCCAGUACAGAUUGCACAUGGUUCCCCAGGAGCCAUUGGCGAGGAUCCAGAGGUACCUUCACAAACACUACAUUGUCCCAGCAGAUCAAUGCAGUGCUGCAGCUGCAUUCAAAGACAGACUGUGCGUUGGUGUUGUCUCAUCCAAAAGGGCUGGUGUUGGUAAAUCUCUCUAUGUCAAGAGACUGUAUGAAAAACUGAAGCACUCAACCAAAAAGCCGUCCAUGAUGAAAUGCAUCCGCUUGAUUGAACCAAAUGUUGAUGAGAAUGUCAUCGUUCAAUCUCUGUUGGACACCCCCAAGAGGAAAGAACUUGUGAUGUUCCAUUUUGACAUCACAUCAUCGGUGCAGAAAGGUCUCCAUGAGUUUCUUUUUAAAUUGUUGAUUCUGCGCUAUUUGAUGGACUCUGAGGGAAAGAUGUGGAAGUGCAGUGACACGCAGCUGUAUGUCAUAGAGAUUUUAGAGCCGUCUGUCACGUCAUCCAGAAAUGACUCACGGCAGAUUCAAACAAUAAACAGCACAUUCACAGACGUGUUUCCAAAUAUUUUCUGCCGACCACCCAAAGAGGUGCUAUUGCUAGAGAUGAAGAAGCAAGAACAUCCUACCAUUGUGAGCACUGAUGACCCACUAAUGGAUGAUGAGGAAUUCAGGAGUGCAGCCUUUCAGCGGCCAUACCAGUAUCUCACAAGGUUUCAUAACCACAGCGAUCUUGAUGCGUUCAAAUAUCAGGAUGUUGAAGGGUCACAUUUGGAAUGUCUUCAGAUGCUUCUCAUGUACUGUGGUGUUAUGGACCCAUCCUGGGCAGAACUGAGGAACUUUGCAUGGUUCCUUAACCUUCAGCUGAAAGACUGUGAGACAUCUGUUUUUUGUGAUGCUACUUUCACUGGAGACACGCUGACUGGAUUCAAAACCUUUGUGGUGGACUUCAUGAUUCUGAUGGCAAAGGACUUUGCCACUCCAUCGCUCAGCAUCUCUGACCAGAGUCCUGGGAGGCAGCAGAUGGACCUGUCUGGUGUCCGAGAUGAAGACUUGGCUCCUUUUCUGAUCAGAAAGAGAUGGGAAACAGAACCACAUCCAUACAUCUUCUUUAAUGAUGACCAUGUGUCCAUGACCUUCAUUGGUUUCCAUCUUCAGCCCAAUGAACAGAACUCUGUUGAUGCCAUUGAUCCCACCUCAGGAAGGGUGAUAAAAAAGAAUGUCAUGACAAGAGAAUUGUAUGAAGGCCUAAAUCUUCAGAGAGUCCCUUUCAACAUCAACUUUGAUUGCCUUCCAAGAGGGGAGAAAAUAGAGAGAAUCUGCAAUGUUCUUGGUAUCCAAUGGCCUCUUGACCCUGAUGAAACAUAUGAACUUACAACUGACAACAUACUAAAGAUGCUGGCAAUCCAUAUGCGGUUUAGGUGUGGCAUCCCUGUCAUUAUCAUGGGUGAGACGGGAUGUGGUAAGACAAGGCUCAUCAAGUUCCUUUGUGAGUUGCGGAGGAGUGGAGUGGCCACUGAGAACAUGAAACUGGUCAAGGUACAUGGAGGGACAACUUCUGAGAUGAUUUACACCAAAAUCAGAGAGGCAGAAGACAUUGCUUCUAUUAACAAGCAAGACUAUGGAUUUUACUCUGUUCUUUUCUUUGAUGAGGCCAACACUACCGAUGCCAUCAGCAGCAUUAAGGAGGUCCUCUGUGACAAGACAGUCAAGGGGAAAAGUUUGAUAACCAAUUGUGGAUUGCAGAUUAUUGCAGCAUGCAACCCUUACCGAAAGCACACAGAUGAGAUGAUUCAGAGGUUAGAAUCUGCUGGUCUUGGGUACAAAGUUCGAGCUGAAGAGACUGAUGAAAAGCUUGGGUCCAUCCCUCUCCGCCAGUUAGUCUAUAGAGUUCAAGCAUUACCUCCAAGCAUGAUCCCUCUGGUGUGGGACUUUGGACAGUUAAACGAUCACACAGAGAAAACUUACAUCCAACAGAUUGUGCAGAGAGUGGUUGAAAACAAAGACAUCGAUGAAAGUUACCUCAAGUGGAUCACUGACGUCCUUUCGGCUUCACAGAAGUACAUGCGGAUGAGAAAGGAUGAAUGCAGCUUUGUCAGCCUGAGAGAUGUUGAACGCUGCAUGCAGUCAUUUGUUUGGUUCUACGACAACCAUGUCAUGUUGUUUGCAGAGCUUGAAAAAUUUGAGAUUACUCAAAAUGCUGAGAAGAAUGAAAGGCAUCACAGACAGCCUGAAGUCAGAGACCCUGUACUAUGGUCCCUGGUCAUGGCCAUAGGAGUGUGCUACCAUGCCUGUCUAGAAAAUAAGGAUAAAUACAGGCAGAAAAUCAGCAAAUGCCUCCCACAAGCAUACGUUCCAGCAAAAGUAAUGCAGGAAAUCACACUCAUGCAGGAUUUACUUCUAAGUGGUGUGCCAAUGGGGAAUACUAUUGCAAGAAACAUUGCCCUUAAAGAGAAUGUCUUCAUGAUGGUUAUCUGCAUUGAGCUAAGAAUCCCUCUCUUCUUAGUUGGGAAACCUGGAAGUUCAAAAUCUCUGUCUAAAACUCUGGUAGCAGAUGCAAUGCAGGGUCAAGCUGCUCAUUCUGACCUCUACAAAAAGCUUAAACAGAUCCAUUUGGUUUCCUUCCAGUGUAGCCCUCACUCAACACCAGAAGGCAUCAUUAAUACAUUCAAGCAAUGCGGACGCUUUCAGGAAGGAAAGAACCUGGAUGAGUACAUUUCAGUUGUGGUUCUUGAUGAGAUUGGGCUAGCUGAGGACUCUCCAAAGAUGCCACUGAAAACCCUUCACCCACUGCUAGAAGAGGGAUGCAUUGAUGAUGAGCCACUACCUCACAAAAAGGUUGGAUUCAUUGGCAUCUCCAACUGGGCUUUAGACCCUGCGAAGAUGAACAGAGGCAUUUUUGUGUCCCGUGGUGACCCUGAUGAGAGGGAACUCAUCGAGAGUGCUAAAGGCAUUUGCAAAUCUGAUGCAAUGGUUUUGGAGAAGGUCAGGGAUUUUUUCCAACCCUUUGCAAGAGCCUACUUAAACGUCUGCCGCAAACAAGGCAAAGGCUUUUUUGGCCUACGUGACUAUUACAGCUUGAUUAAAAUGAUUUUUGCAGCGGCCAAGGCUUCUCAAAGAAAGCCCACUGCAGAAGAAACUGUGAAGGCAGUGUUGAGAAAUUUCAGUGGCAGGGAUGAUGUGGAUGCAGUUACUGUUUUUACCAAAAGGCUGCAGAUUUCACCCAACCUGGAGAACAUCAGUGCCAUUGAGUUUGUGAGAGAAAACAUUCAAACAGUUGGACAAGAAGAAGAAUGUCGGUACCUGCUGGUGCUAACAAAAAACUACGCAGCACUACAGAUCCUGCAGCAAACCUUCUUUUCAAAAAGUGGUCAGCCAGAAAUAAUCUUUGGAUCCAGUUUCCCGAAAGACCAAGAGUACACCCAAAUCUGCCGCAACAUCAACAGAGUAAAGAUCUGCAUGGAGACCGGUCAAACAGUUGUGCUCCUAAACUUGCAGAACCUCUAUGAAAGUCUAUAUGAUGCCCUCAACCAAUACUAUGUCUACUUGGGAGGACAGAAAUAUGUGGACCUUGGACUGGGAACACACCGUGUGAAAUGUAGGGUGCACAAAGACUUCCGGCUAAUUGUCAUUGAGGAAAGAGAGGUGGUCUACAAACAGUUCCCAAUACCUCUCAUCAACAGGCUGGAGAAACACUACCUGGACAUCCACACUGUCCUUAAAACUGAGCAGAAGAGGUUGGUGGAUGAAUUGGAGAAAUGGUUGAGACUUUUUGUGUCUCUCAGCAGUCAACACGCAUCAGUAGCUCAGGCUUACAAGUACCAACUGCCAGACGUCUUCAUCGGCUACCACUCAGACACAUGUGCUUCUGUGGUACUUCAAGUAAUAGAGAAGCAGAAGGACAAUUUGGAGAUCUCCGACCCUGAGAGGAGAAUACUGGAUGAGGCUAAACUCGUACUGCUCAAAUGUGCCACACCAGACUCAGUUGUGCGGUUGGACUGCACAGGCCUUCCCAAAGUGGAGAGUGAAAAUCUGGCCAGGGUCUACUUUGAAGAGCAGAAUAACAACUGUUUAGCUGACUUCAUUCUUGCUCACACAAGGCAGGAAGUCCAUUGCUACUCCUCCUUCACAGAGGUGACAACAUUCUCCAGACUUCUGACAUCAUCUGACCUGGAACCACUAGUCCAAGUGUUGCAUAGUGUUGAGCUUCUCUCCCUCCAGCAGUUUGACACCGAGCAUUCCUUCCUAAAGAAGAUCAGGAACUUCCUCACAGCUGAAAAUGGCAGCAGCAUCACUGGGCCCUGCAACAAGAUCCUCCUCAUUCAGUGUGAUUUUGAUGAGGGCUCUCACAGUGCCAAUCUCAUUGCAUCUGCAAAGUACUCAGCCAUAAAUGAAAUCAACAAGCUAACUCAGGAGAGCACAGGAAGUAGGGUGUUUGUCUACUUUAUUACCAGACUGCCAAGAAUGGAAGGAGGGACCUCCUACGUUGGCUUUCAUGGAGGCCCCUGGAGAUCAGUUCACAUUGAUGACCUCAGACGGUCAAAAGACAUUGUUUCAGACAUCAAAGCCUUGCAAAACAUGACUAUCAGUCAAAUUUUUGAAACAAAGAUGAGUCAAGAUGCCGUAGCCAUGGAGGUGGAUGACAUGUACACUGAAAAUGAGCAUGAGGAAGCAGAGUCAGAGGAAAAUGGCUUGUAUAAUGUUGUGGACACCACAGCACUGGUGCGGAGCUGUGUGCAGGCUGCAGUAGGCAUGCUGAGGGACCAGGUGGAAACUGGCCUGCGCAGUACUCGGAGAGUUGAGAUCCUGCUGACACUCCUCAGUGACAAUGACGAAGUAAAAGGUGAAUUUCUGCAAACCGUGAAGAGGCAUCUUCAUUCAUUGCUGGUGACUAAUGAUGGCAACACCUUCUCAUCCAUCAAAAGCAACUGGGUCAUUAAGGAGGCCUCAAACAUUGAUGCCUUGCAAGAAGGAGGCACCUUCAGGCACACCUUAUGGAAGCGCAUUCAGGCUGUGGUCAUCCCCCUCUUGGCGCAACUGCUUUCAGUCAUUGACCGUGACCAAAACUUGGACAUCUUGCUAGAUACAAACUGUGGCGAAUUUGUCAAGAGACUGUGGUUAGAUAUCUUUGGCAAUGAUAAGCUGCUGGAAAUCCCACACCUAACAUUGGACCACAACUCUGGGACAAGAACAAUCCUUGUCCAAAACUACAUCGCCCGAGACAGGAACAUGGGCUGCAGCAUGCCCUUCAGCUGGAGGAUCAAGGACUACCUGGAGGAACUCUGGGUUCAUGCGCUUCAGCGUGAAGGCCACACUCAACAAGAGUUUGAUGAGUUCUUUUGGAAGACACCACUGGGGCGAUACAUUGAGAAAGCAGACCGAGAGGCGCAGACCGAGUUUUUCCAACGCUACCUUCAGGAUUACAUCUCCAUGACAAUGAAUGUGACUUGUCAGGAAGACCUGCAGCUCCUGUGUGAUGCCCUAAAUUGUUGUGUCAAUGAGCUGCGAUUGCAACUCAAUGCCACUGAUACAGCGGCAUCUCUUCCCUGGAUUCAUGCGGCUUAUCAUGAGUUCAAGAACCGACUGCAGAACCUCUCCAGAAUGAUCUGCAUUGAGCCCCAGGUGACCCAGCACCUCUUGAAGAAUCAUCAUACCAGAGACGGGGUUGAAAUGAUACUCGAUGUGUAUGCUGCUUUUGCAUGUGUGGAGUACCUUGAGCCUAGACUCCUGGACACCGAUGCCCAAAGACAAGCCUGGCUCAGACAGGUCAAAAAGCUCCAGGUUCCCAUUGAGUUGCUCUGCUCAGAGGACAUUGUGAGACACUAUGGAGAGAGGAGCAAGGCGAUCGUCUGUAGAGUCCAAGCUGGAUGGAAUCGGAUAUUUUCUCUUUCUCUAUUUGUGGAACACAUGCUGCUGGGCAUUGAGGAGGUAGAGAAGAAGCUGACACCUUUAGUUUUGGAGCAUACAAAAGGGCUUUGCCAGAUACUGGAAAAAAAUUCUGACCUCAAAACUCAGCAGUCAUUUGAGGCAGUAAUCGGUUUGCUCAAAACCUGCAAAGAUGGAGCCGUUGAACGCAUCUUCAGGUUUGGUCUUACACUGUGCCCAGUGUGUAUGGGACACCCCCAAGAUCCGCUCUGCCUGCCAUGUGAACACAUCUACUGUGUUGCCUGUAUCAAACAGUGGUUGGUCCCCGGUCAGAUGUACUGUCCCCUCUGCAUGCAGCAAGUUAAUGACGACCUCCCCCUGGUUCCUUCAGAUGCCAUCAGGAUUCUAAUCAACCAACAUGCUCAGUUCAGGAAGCAGUGCAAUGCUUUCUUCAUUGACCUGGUGUCCACUGUGUGCUUCAAAGACGACUCCCCUCCCUGUUCAGCUGUCAUUCUCCAUUUGCUGUCCUUUCUCAUGGUGGAGGCCAACACUGUUCCCAUUCUCAGAGUUAAUCAACACAUGUUGACAAAGGUACUUUCUCCAUUUGAUGACUCUGUGGAUAAAAAUCCAGUGGUUCGGUCAGUAGUGCUCAAACUGCUGCUGAAGUACAGCUUUGAUGAAGUUAAAGGUUACCUGCAGCAAUAUCUGGUGGCAGUUGAGCAGAGCAACAUCUUGGAGGAGACUGACAAAACUGAACUCUACUCGUUGUACAUUAACUGCCUGGAGGAUUCCAUGUUUGAAAGGUUGCAGUUCAGGUCCAUUGCAGACCAGCAGAUGUGUCUGCAGGAUGAAAGUGCCUUCCUGACUGAUUACCUACAAUCACAUGGUCAGUCUGCUGAAACAGCCACUGUGGAGUAUCUGCAGCAGGUGGCCAGAGUGCGUAUGGACCUGGAUAUGGCUGCUAGCCUCAUCGUGGAAAAACUCAGAGCAACAGUAGAGGCUCGGGAGACUGGUCAAAGAACCACAGCCUUCCUGACCAGUGUGGUGAACUUAUGUAGGCGCAGUAGAAACGACUGGUAUCGUGUCUACUUGAUCCGUAAGAUCUGCAGCCAACAUGGAGUGGAGUUUGUCCUGAAACUUCUCAAAUUGGAUGACAUGCGCUGGCUCUUCCCUGAAGAAGUGCUGCAAAAGAGUAAAGAAGCCACCCCGAUAGACCAGUAUCUUGUGUGUGGGGAGCACUACAAGACCAUCAGAAAUUCUGUCGCAAAGGGAGUUAUGGAAGGCAAAAUGGACGGACUGGACGAGACUUGUGAGGGGUGCAGAUGCUUACCGCAGUGUACCACAGUUUAUCUUUUGUUGGCGUUGUACAGAGAAGUCACCACUCUCUACAGAGAAGCCAAUGCUAGCUUCCAUCCCAAGCCUGAGCAAUUGGAAGCCCUGAUGGCCUACAUCCAGAACUCCAAAUUCCUUGCCAGCCCACAGGUGAAGGCGUUUGCCAAGUCUUUGGUGACCAACCGACUCGGGCCAUUGGUUGUUUGUCCCGGGGCCCCUGGUGCCCAGUCCGUGUCGGUGGAAUUAACUAUUCACCUGGCUGCUGUCGUGAUCUGCGGGAACAAGGGGAUCUUAGCUCCCCUGCAGCAGCUUGCAUUGGCACCUGCCAACAUGCAGGCAGCCUUCUUGCCAACCAUGCCAGAGGACAUGUUAGCAGUGGCUCAACAAGCUAUGGGACAGUUGCAGUGGUACCAUUGUCCAAAUGGUCACCCCUGCACCAUUGGAGAGUGUGGCCAGCCCAUGCAAAAAAGUCAUUGUUUGGACUGUGGUGUUGAAAUUGGAGGAGACAACCACAUACCUGUGAGGGGAUUUCAAGCCGUUCCGUUGCAGGGUGACCGCACUCAGACAGGCCACAUCCUCGGCAACCCCAGUCGCAGGGACAAUCCCGACAUGAUGGACACAAAGAGCAUUUCACCUGUUCCCUUCACCAUGGUCCGCAUGCUCACUCACAUGGCCAUGCUGCUGGGUGCCUGCAGCCACCCACAGUCCAUCUCUGCCAUCAUCAAGCCUCCAGUACCUGACCCAGGUGCAUUUCUACUUGCUCACCUGCGAAAGGACAUGAAACAUCUUAUCCGAUCCCUGGGUAAAGGGACAGAUGAUACAGUCAGCGCUGUUCACCUGCUCAUCAGCAGCCUCCUGGAACCCAAACAGCAACAAACAUGGCCGGUUCCUUAUGACAAUGUGCUUUCCACCAAAGAGGCUAGAAAUGGAUGGGAGAUGGAAGUGAGCAACGCCCUCAUCACACCUCAGCUGAAGCACUUGGAUAGACAGCUAAAGGAAGUGAACACAUUCAUCCGGGCUGACUCUCGCAUCUCUGCCAAUCCAAUCAUGAAGCUCAUGUUUGGCGAACCCCGUCUCUUCUUGGCCUCACUGCCCCAAAAUUCUCUGAUCCACGGUUCUGCCGUGUGGAGCUGCAGGGAGAAAGUGUCUCUGCUGAGCCUCACCCACAUUGUAGAGCAGAAUGAUGGCAAAGACACCCUGCCGGUGCUCUGGAGAUUUCUGCAUAGGGAAGCAGAGCUCCGACUGGUGAAGCAUCUUCCUGAUAUCCUCACGCUCCAGAGAGAUCUGGUCAAGAAGCUUCAAAACAUCACUGAGCUGACUUGUGGCACCAUUGCCGAAUUCCUCCAGAGUCAGAAAGCAGUUUCGCUGAAAGGCUGGUAUGAUAAACACAUCAAGAUCUUCCUGACAACCUGGAAUCAGCUCAGAGUGUCUUUGGCCACUAACGGGGAGAUCAAGAUCCCAGCUGAGUUCUGCCAGAACGACCUGGACCUGGACAGUGACUUCAAGGUGCUGUUACCACGGCGACAAGGCCCAGGCCUGUGCUCUACAGCCCUUGUGAGCUACCUCAUUGCUCUGCACAAUGACCUGGUCUACUGUGUGGACAAACACACUGGAGAGGAGACCAGCUACAAAGUGAGCCCGGCGGAUGUGACUGACCUGCAUGUGAUUCGGUAUGAGCUGGAGAGGGACCUGAUGCCCCUGGUUCUGUCAAACACCCAGUACAGCAUUGAGAGGGGCCAGGAGACUCUUCAUGAGUACGACUUGCCCAAGAUCCAGCAACAGAUCGUCUCCCGCUUCUUACUGGGCAAACCUCUCAUCACUCUCAACGGCAUCCCAACACUUGUGAACAGACAUGAACGCAACUAUGAGAUUAUCCUGAAGGAUUUAAAAGCAAAAGUCCAGCAAGAGCCUCUUCAGACUCUCACGCUGUUCUCCGUGGCUGGGGAGUUGCACUCCUACAGUGAGGUGUGCGAGGCCUUGUCCACACUGGAAGUGGCCCUUGGUUUUCUCGCCAUGACCGGGGGAGAGCCUCACAUGCAGCUGUCCUGCUACCUGGAGGAGGUGCUGCAGAUGGGAAACCAGAUGGCUGCACCUAUCCUCAAGGCUCUGAGCAUGUGCUGUCUAAAGCAUUGUGUGGCUCUGUGGCAGCUGUUGGCCUCACUCAAAUCAGAAAAUAUGCUGCGGCUCAAGAGGGAUCCAUUUGUGGAAGUCUCAGAGAAGUACAAACAGGCUUUGAGUGAGGACGAGCACAGGCUGCUAACUGGCUUCUUUUCGAAGAGCAGCGCUGACUCUUUCCUGCUGGAAAUGCACGAGUUCCUGGUGCUGGUCCUCAAAAUGCCCAACGCACCAGCUACCUACAGGCCUGACUGGAGCCUGAAAGACACACUGGUGUCUUACAUGGAGCGCAAAGACCUGGACACCCCCGCUGAUGUGGACGAACUCUUCCCAGUAGAGAUCUGCCUGUCCCAGUAUGUUGAAGCCUGGAAGUUCAUCAUGGCCUUCAAGCAGGAACGCGGUCCGAGACAAUGAGGACCAGAUAAAAGGGUUGUUUUGUUGUCCGCCUCCUUUAUUUGAUUUCAUCACAUCCCUCAGAUGAAGUUUACAAUCAUGACCAAUCAACAGUAUUGAAGUGGUAUGGAAAUGUGUAUGUGAUAAUUUGUGUAUUUUACACAUUUAUCCAGAGAUGUGCCUUUUUAAGAGCACUUAUGUUUAGCUUCAUAGGGCCACAAAAUAGGUGUGUAGUUCACAUGUACAGCUCACCUGUAUGAAGAGGUGAACUCUGGGGAUUUCCUUAUGAUUAUCUGUUCUUGCUUUGUGUGGUUUUUUUUUUCCUGAGCACCAACAUGUACAGAGUUUCUGUACAUCUCAAAGUCUUCUUUCUUGCACUUUACUUGUAAUGUGAAUUUGUCUGUCUCAAAGAGGCAGAAAAACAAUCUUAAUUCAACUCAGGUACAAAAUUUGGAAUAACUGGUCUGAAAAUCACCCUGACCUAAGUCACUUUAUCAAGAAAAACAUGUCUUUUCACUUUGCUUAAAGCUGUUUUGUCAAUUUCAUCCUUUUUGUAUCGCUGUUUAUCAUGUUAUGUUGAUGUGCCAUAUGUAUGUUAAAAUUGCACUUGCCUUUCUUUCACUUUUUAAAUUCAUGGUCUAAAAAAGUGUUAACUUAAAAUUGGUAAUACAUACUCCUUCCAAUAAAGCAAACAUUUAACAUUUA